CAAUGGUCACCGUCUUGAAGCAUUCAUGCUUCCAACCACAAAAAGUAGAAAAAUUACCAGUAGACAUUUUUAAUUUUUCAUGCUUCUCAUCUUUCACACCAACCUUUCUCCAAGAACAAGUUUAUCUCUCGUUUAUAAUCCCCCGCGUUGUGAUAUUUCCUCCAUUAAAAUCUCUUUGUACCGAACUAUCUUCUUCCUAAACCUAUUGAAGAUGUCUGAAAGUGACAGUAAUGGGGCUUCAAAGCACUGUACCACUCCCAGUCGGCGUGCACCCACUUUAGGCAAGGCAACAUUACUGGCAAUCGGCAAGGCCUUCCCCAGCCAACUCAUUCCUCAAGAAUGCUUGGUGGAGGGCUAUAUACGUGACACCAAGUGCGAUGAUGCUUCGAUUAAGGAGAAACUGGAGAGACUUUGUAAAACCACUACUGUGAAGACAAGAUACACAGUCAUGUCCAGGGAGAUACUAGACAAAUACCCUGAACUUGCAACAGAGGGCACUCCGACAAUCAGGCAAAGGCUCGAGAUAGCGAAUCCAGCAGUUGUUGAGAUGGCUCUGAAAGCAAGCAUGGCUUGCAUAAAUGAAUGGGGAGGGUCGGUAGAAGAUAUCACCCAUAUUGUGUAUGUUUCUUCUAGUGAGGUACGCUUGCCAGGUGGUGAUCUCUACCUUGCCAGUCAGCUCGGACUAAGGAAUGAUGUUGGCCGUGUAAUGCUUUACUUCCUAGGCUGUUAUGGUGGUGUCACUGGUCUCAGAGUUGCCAAGGACAUAGCUGAAAACAAUCCAGGAAGCCGUGUUUUAUUAACUACUUCUGAGACCACGAUUCUUGGUUUUCGCCCUCCUAGCAAGGCACGCCCUUACGACCUUGUGGGGGCUGCGCUCUUUGGUGAUGGAGCUGCUGCUGUGAUUAUCGGAGCCAACCCUGUAAUAGGUAAAGAGUCUCCUUUCAUGGAGCUCAACUAUUCAGUUCAACAAUUCUUGCCAGGUACCCAGAAUGUGAUCGAUGGACGCCUUUCUGAAGAGGGCAUACAUUUCAAGCUUGGGAGGGACCUUCCUCAGAAGAUUGAAGAUAAUAUUGAAGAAUUUUGCAAUAAGCUCAUGUCAAAGGCUGGUCUAACUGACUUCAACGAGUUGUUCUGGGCUGUCCAUCCUGGUGGACCAGCAAUACUUAACCGGUUAGAGAGCAAGCUCAAAUUGAACGAAGAGAAGCUAGAAUGCAGCAGGAGGGCUCUAAUGGACUACGGAAAUGUCAGCAGCAAUACUAUAGUCUAUGUUUUGGAAUAUAUGAGGGAUGAGUUGAAGAGAGGAGGGGGAGAGUGGGGACUUGCCCUGGCUUUUGGACCAGGCAUUACUUUUGAAGGCAUCCUGCUUCGUAGCUUAUAAUUAAAUCCUGCAGCUACAUGACAUGCAUUUGGUUUUUAUUUUUCAUUUUCAGCAUGAAGCUAGACUUAUAUGCUGUUUCUGAAGUAGCAAAUCAAAGGAAAUGAAAUCUGGGAAAUUUAUAGA